UGAAGUUCCUAGCAUGAAUGUAACGUGACAGCGCUAUCGUUUCGGGUACUUAAUUUUAAUAAAAGUGCAUGCGAAAAUCUAGCCGCAAUGUCUGGAAUGUUGACGAUUUCAUCGCGGACCAUUCCGCGAAAAGUUUUACGACUUACGACAGAUCUCGUAGAGGCAAAUAAUUCAAAGGUUCUGAAAGCAGCCUUAAGUACUAAAGCCUCACACAAACAAUGCGUUCUAAGACUAGCCAAACCAGAGGUAUAUAACAUACCUAGAACAAAGGUGUUAAUGAAGUGGCCUCAACAUAAUCGAUUAGUGCACUCUUCUGCAGCUUUUUAUGCAUCAAAAGUAGUUAAUGUACCUCCAUUUGCAGAUUCUGUAUCAGAAGGCGAUGUCAAGUUGGACAAAAAGGUAGGUGACUAUGUGUCUGUCGAUGAAGUGGUUAUGGAAAUUGAGACUGACAAAACAUCCAUGCCUGUUCCGGCACCAGAAGGUGGUGUUAUUGAAGAAAUCUUAGUUAAAGAUGGUGACACUGUCAAAGCUGGACAGGCUUUGUUCAAACUGAACACUUCAGCUGCACCACCAGCAGGAGGUGCUGCUCCUAAACGAGCUGCCUCACCAGCCCGGCCAGCUGCUGCACCUGCUGCACCUGCUGCACCUCCAACACCAGAACCUCCCAAGGUACAGGCUGCCCCACCGCCACCACCACCACCUCCGAAACCAGCAGCAGCUCCAACAAGUCCUCCUCCUGCACCACCAAAGCCUGCAGCACCUAGUGCCCAGAUUCCAGUCGCUGCCAUGCGCCAUGCUCAAGCCAUUGACACUGCCACUAUCAAGAUGCCACCUCAAGAUUAUACCAAGGAAAUUACGGGUACCAGGACUGAACAGCGUGUUAAGAUGAACCGCAUGAGACAAAAAAUUGCGUCCCGACUCAAAGAAGCACAAAAUACCAAUGCUAUGUUGACAACAUUUAAUGAAAUUGAUAUGAGCGCCAUCAUGCAAUUUAGGAAAGAUCACCUGGAUGGAUUCAUGAAGAAAUAUGGAAUCAAAUUGGGCUUCAUGUCUGCUUUCUGUAAAGCAUCAGCCUACGCUUUACAAGACCAGCCUGUUGUAAAUGCUGUCAUUGAUGGAGGUGAAAUUAUCUACCGUGACUUUGUCGACAUAUCUGUUGCUGUUGCAACACCCAAAGGUCUUGUUGUUCCUGUUCUGAGAAAUGUUGAGAGCAUGAAUUUUGCUGACAUUGAAGUUGCUAUUAAUGAACUUGGAGAGAAAGCCAAAAAGGGUGCGAUAACUGUUGAAGACAUGGAUGGAGGCACUUUCACCAUCAGUAACGGCGGAGUUUUUGGUUCAUUAAUGGGUACUCCUAUUAUAAAUCCACCACAAAGUUCAAUUCUGGGUAUGCAUGGUAUAUUUGAACGCCCCAUUGCUGUUAAGGGUCAAGUCGUAGUUAGACCAAUGAUGUACGUCGCCCUCACUUACGAUCAUAGAUUGAUUGAUGGCCGCGAGGCUGUUAUGUUCUUGCGAAAGAUCAAGUCUGCAGUUGAAGAUCCCCGAAUAAUUUUAGCUGGCUUGUAAUUUGAAAACAUGUAACAUUUAUUCACAUCAAUCAGUUGGAACCAAUCAAAUUAUUAGAAUAGAAAUAGCUG